UGUUUCUUCUUAUCACCGGUUCAUAACCCCUCCGAUAUCAGUGCUAAAUUUGGAAAUGCCUUCUAUGUUUUCAUCAAUAUGGAUUCGAUUUCUUGCUGUUUGCUUUGCGGCACAACUUACAUGUCAAUAUGACAAAUCUAGAACCUUGGAAGAGCUACAGUCCCUAGAAGUGCAGCUCAUAGAUGCUAGAAACAUCUUACGGUCACGUUUUCACUACUGCACUUCACAAUGGAGAGAGGGCGACUCUCCCGCUGACCAUUUGAGCAGUGGUUUUGUCAGGCAGUACUGGCAUGAAGCUCUUCACACUGCCAGAGAAUCAUACCGCGAAGACAUCCAAUGCCUCAUGGAUAUGAAGCCUUUAUUGGAGAAACAUAGGCGUAUAGAAAAAAUUCUGGAAGAAAGGCGAUACGAAGAUGAUGAAAAAAUAGCAGCAGACUUGGAUGCUUUUCUAACCCGUGCUCAAGUAAAAGAACUGCGAUACCUACAUGAAAAUGGAGAUCAAAGAGCUGUUGAACAAGCGCUGGACCAAUACUUCCAAGGACUACCAUCACCAACGAAGGAUAAGCUCUUAACCGAGUUUCUUCACUAUGAGGCAAGACCAAGGCGCGUGGAAAGGGACACUGAUUCGAAUCGGAGCAGUGUUUUGUCAGCCGAGGAAGAAGACGCAAUGGCAGGAUACGAGGAAGAGGUGUUGGAGCCAGAUCCACUAAAGCCAGAAUGGCUGGCAUGGCAAACUCCAAGACAUAAGAAACUUAUCAAUAAAAUGAUAAUCGGUAAGGCCAGCAAAUGGGAGAUUAUGAACGAAGUAGGGGACCAGUUCUAUCACUUGAGGAAAGAGCAAAGAACAGAAUACAAAGGAAAUUUGGAGAACUACUGCAUUAGAAAUCUCAAGAACAUCAUAGGAGAAAGAAAUUUCAACGUUUUGCGAGGAAUGUAUAUGGACACUGAUCCGGUAGAGCAGAUUGAAACCAAAUUUCACGAGCUCGUCGCUGAACUAUCUGAAGAACGAAAGCGGUUGCUUGCAGAUCACUAUGGCGUUUUUUGUCGGAAAAUCUUUAGACUUGUGCAUUUCGAACCAACAGACUUGACUAUUUGGCUCACUUCGUCGCAAAAACUCGCAUUGGGUGUCAUGAUACAGGAUCCAGAUAUAAACGACACCCAGAUUUAUAACAAGAUGUAUGAGUUUUAUGCAAACACCACUGGCGAAGCUAAAGAUGAGGCAAGGGACAUUAUCGAAUCUGGUUGUCGACACUUUAUCGCACACAUGUUCGGAGACGAUAAUGCAGAGGAGCUGGAAGAGCUACGACUAGCCGGCUCAGUUUCAAAGCAGCAGUUAGCAGCUAAAUUAGCCACACACGCUUUGGAGGUGUCUGAUGUGGUAGACCGCAAAAGAGCCGAAGGCUCACUAUCUAUUUGUAUUCGAAUCUACUUGGGUUACGACAAUUCGUGUGAGUGCCAUGGCCACUCCGAAACCUGCGACAGUGUCCGCCAUAACUGCCUCAACUGCACAGAUAAUACUUACGGAGUGCAGUGUGAGCUCUGCAUGGAGGGGUUUACUGGAAAUCCACUUACUGGAGGUUGUACGUCGAUCGAGCCGGAAGAAACACCGUGCACAUGUAAUAACCACUCUACUACGUGUGAUUCUGAUGGAAAGUGCCAGUUUUGCCUUCAUAACACUAUCGGAGACAGUUGUGAACGAUGUGCGACAGGAUUUUAUGGAGAUGCAACAACUGGGACUCCCGACGAUUGUACCAGAUGUCCAUGUCCGAACAACGGCGACUGCUUCGUAAACGAAGAUGAUCUCGUCCAGUGUAACGAAUGUCCAAAUGGAACACAUGGAAUAACAUGUGAAGAAGAUGCUGCCAUACAAAAAGAAGAGAAAGUGGAUUUGAAAACGACUGAGGAUCUCAAAAAACAGCAAAAGAAUGGAGAAAUAGAGGAUGGGGGACAACAACAGCGCAAUGGGAGACAGAAAACUAAGGAAGAACAGCAACUCACAACUGGUGAGACCGCUAAGGAGAACAACGAACAUUCGGUUGAAGUUGAAGGAAACCAAGUUGAUGAAACGUUUUUCUUGUAGAGUAUUUUAUUGGCAUAAUACAAAUUUACGAAAA